AGAAAAGUUGACAAAAAGAAAAAAGGAGUAACAGACAACAAGACCAAAGGCUCUUUCUGUUUUUCACCUCUCACGAGUCACACGACUAUAUUUUAUCGAAACUUGACAACUUGUCAUGUGAUCUCAACACCAUCUCUACGAAGACGAAGAGGAAGGAUCAUGGACUGGAUAAACGUUUCCUCUAGAUCGAGCUCUCUUACAAUUGGGGAACAAAUCUGCGCCGUCUUCGUACCUUUCGUUGUCAUUAUUGAUGUCAUAUUCUCCACCUUCGGACAAUGCUUCGAUUGCCGCCGCCGCCGAUCGUCUCAGAUAUGUCAGCACCCGGAUCUGACUCGUCUUGCCCAUGAAUCUCAAUUUUCAGUCAAUGAAGUUGAAGCAUUGUAUGAGUUAUUCAAGAAACUCAGCUGUUCAAUUAUUGAUGACGGCUUGAUUCACAAGGAAGAGCUUCGGCUGGCACUUGUCCAAACUCCAAACCUGUUUCUUGAUAGGGUUUUUGAUUUGUUCGAUGAGAAGAAGAAUGGGGUUAUCGAGUUUGAGGAGUUUAUCCAUGCCUUGAGUGUGUUUCAUCCCUCUGCACCAAUCGAGGAGAAGAUCGACUUUGCAUUUAGGCUCUAUGAUCUUAGACAAACCGGAUUUAUAGAGCGAGAAGAGGUGCAUCAAAUGGUGGCUGCUAUUUUGAAAGAGUCUGAUAUGAUGCUGUCUGAUGAACUUCUGAACAUGAUUAUUGAUAAAACAUUUGCUGAUGCAGAUUCCGAUAGAGAUGGCAAAAUAAGCAAGGAGGAAUGGAGAGUGUAUGUGCUUAAGCAUCCCAGCUUGUUGAAGAAUAUGACUCUUCCUUACCUAAAGGAUGUGACGACGGCAUUCCCAAGUUUUAUAUUCAACACCGAGGUUGAAGACUGAGGCAACAACACUUACAAUCUUUUUCUGCGUAUGAAACCAGUUUCUUUAUUGUAUUUUUCCCCAAAUUAGUUGGUGAUCAUUGUUAGCUGUAAGUAAAAAUGUAUCUUUUGAUGAAUACAUUUUGAGACUGUUCCAUUGAAAGUGAUAAAUCAUUUUUUCUACUUUA